AGGACAACAGAGCCAGGUGGGGAUUCUCUGAGUUCGCAAGAGCAAGAAACUGCGGGAAAGAAGAAUAUAUUUAUCUCCCGGGUCCUAAAUGGAGGGGCCGGUGGUGACCUUUGAAGAUGUGGCCGUGUAUUUCACGGAGAGCCAGGGGGUUCUGCUGGAUGCCGACCAAAAGGCCCUCUACAGCGAUGUCAUGAUGGAGAAUUAUGGGAAUGUGGCCUCGUUGGGAUUUCCAUUCACCAAACCUGAGCUCAUCUCCCACCUGGAACGAGGGGAAGAACCGUGGGUGCCAAAUUGUCGGGGUUUGGAUGAAAUUGAGAACUCCAACACCAGCUCAGCAGAUGAGCGCAGCGGAAAUCACCCAUGUGCCGCUCGGGAGGGAUAUCCUGUUCAGAAGUCAAGCAUUGCCAGAUGUCAGGAUCUCUGUACAGGAAAGAAAGCCCACGAGUGCUUGGAGUGUGGAAAGUGCUUUGCUGAGAAAUCAAAGUUCACGAUCCACCAGAGAGUCCACACGGGGGAGAAGCCCUAUAAGUGCUCCGAGUGCGGGAAACGCUGUGCCACCAAAUCAAACCUCACGAGCCACCGGAAAAUCCACACGGGAGAGAAGCCCUAUGGCUGUGCGGAGUGCGGGAAGCGCUUUUCUCACAAAUCCUAUUUCGUGAUUCACCAGACGGCCCACACAGGCAGGUACCCGUAUAAGUGUGCUUUGUGCGGGAGGUGCUUUGUCCAGAAGUCAAAACUCGCCGACCACCAGCGGGUCCACACAGGAGAGAAACCCUAUAAAUGCUUAGACUGCGGGAAGUGUUUCGCUUGGAAAUCUCAGGUCGGAGAACACAGGAGAAGCCACACCGGAGAGAAGCCUUUCAUGUGCACCGAAUGCGGGAAGCGCUUUUCUCACAAGUCGGUGCUCGUCACCCACCAGAAAGUCCACACGAGGGAGUACCCCUACAAGUGCUUGGAGUGUGGGAAAGGCUUUGCUUAUUCCACAGCCUUUGUGACGCACAGGAAAAUCCACCCAGGGGAGAAGCCUCACAAGUGCUCAGAGUGCGGGAAAUGCUUUACGUGGAAGUCGCAGCUCGGGAACCACCAGCGAGUGCACACUGGGGAGAAACCCUUUCCAUGUUUAAAAUGCGGGAAGCUUUUCGCUCGCAAGCCGGAACUCGCAAACCACCAGAGGGUGCACACGAAAGAGAAACCCUUCAGGUGUUCCGAGUGUGAGAAAUGCUUCGCUUAUUCCUCUGCGCUCGCCACGCACCGCAGAGUCCACACAGGAGAGAAACCCUUUGAGUGCGCAGAGUGCGGGAAACGUUUUGCCCGCAGAGCAGUCUUUGCGAGGCACCAGAGAUCCCACACGAGGGAGAGGCCCUUUACGUGUUCAGACUGCGGGAAACGUUUUGCCGAUUCUUCCACGUUUGCUACGCACCGGAGGGUCCACACGGGAGAGAAGCCCUACAAGUGCGCGGAGUGCGGGAAAGGCUUCGCUUCCCAAAAGCCGUUCAAGAGACACCAGCAAGUCCACACAGGAGAAAAGCCCUUCAAGUGUCCGGAGUGUGGGAAGUGUUUUGCUGAUCCCUCCACCCUGGCAAAGCACCAGAGAGUUCACCCAGGCGAGAGAACCCACAAAUGCUUGAAAUGCCAUAAAUGUUUUGUUCAAAGUUCAGACCUUAUGAGGCAUCAGAGGACCUGUGCGACUGACAAACCGUAUACGUGUUUGAUGUGCGGCGAAUGUUUCCCAUCGACGUCAGCCCUCAUCUGCCACGAGAGAGCCCACAUGGAUGAGAAUUAUUAUGACUGUUCCAAGCCUUUCCCCUCCGGAAUAUCCCGACAUUGGAUUGGCCGAGAUGGGAGCGACGGGCGCGAAGGAGCCGAGGGAUUGGCUGAGCUGGAAAAGGGGCGUGGGGAAGAGCGUGAGCGCAGCAUCCCCAGGACAGAAAGGUGGGGGGGGGGGGGCGUCAGUGAGUUGAGUUGCAAGAGCCGGAAACUGUCCGGAGGAGCGCCUGAAACUCACCUUUUGCAAAUGCAGAGCCUGGUGACUUUUGAGGAUGUGGCCGUGUAUUUCUCGAAGGAGCAGUGGGCUCUGCUGGACCCCAACCAACGAGCUUUGUACAAGGAAGUCAUGAUAGAGAAUUACGGGAAUGUGGCCUCCUUGGGAUACCCAGCCCCUAAGCCUGGCCUCAUCUGCCGCCUGGAACAAGGAGACGAGCCCUGUGUGCCAGAUUCUCCGGAUGGAAGGAAGCUCUUCGACACCAGCUCAGAUAACCCUCGGAAAAAGCACUUGUGCACGGUGUGCGGCAAACGUUUCACUCAGAAACCGAAUCUCACGCGGCACCUGAGAAUCCACACAGGGGAGAAGCCCUACAAGUGUUUGGAAUGUGGCAAAUGUUUCGGCUGCCAUUCGCACUUGAUGAGCCACCAGAUUGUCCACACCGGAGAGAAACCUUACAAGUGCUUGGUCUGCGACAAAUACUUCGGCCGCAAAGCGCACCUCGCCAGGCACCAGGGAAUCUACGCGGGGGAGACCCCUUACAAAUGCCUGGAGUGCGGGAAGCACUUUGCGUGCCAGUCUCAGCUCGUCAUCCACCGGAGGUACCACACAGGGGAGAAACCCUACAAAUGCCUGGAGUGUGCGAAGUGCUUCGCCGACCCGUCGGCCCUCGUGAGCCACAAGAGGAUCCACGCCGUGGAGAGGUCCCACAAGUGCCUGGAGUGCGGGAAGAGCUUCGUCCAGCAGUCCCACCUCCUGAAGCACCAGCGAGUCCACACGGGGGAGAAACCUUACAAAUGCCCCGAGUGCGGGAAGUGUUUUGCCGACCGCUCCGUCUUCGCAAAGCACCAGAGGGUGCACACGGGGGAGCGGCCCUACAAGUGCGCCGAGUGCGGGAAAACCUUCGCCCGCCAGGAACACCUCGGGAGCCACCGGAGGGUGCACACAGGGGAGAAGCCCUACAAAUGCUUGGUGUGCGGCAAGUCUUUCGCCCGUCAGUCGCACGUGGUGAGCCACCAGCGCGUCCACACGGGGGAGAAGCCCUGCAAGUGCGCCGAGUGCGGGAAGUGCUUUUCGGAGCGCUCGACAUUCGUCAGGCACCAGAGGACCCACACAGGGGAGAAGCCCUACCGGUGCCUAGACUGCGGGAAAUGUUUCGGCUCCCCUUCCCACCUGACCCGGCACCACCGGCGCCACACGGGCGAGAAGCCCCACGGGUGCCCGGAGUGCGGGAAAGCCUUCGCCGACCGCUCAGCUUUCGUCAAACACCAGCGCGUCCACACGGGCGAGAAGCCCUAUAAGUGCGCAGAGUGCGGGCGGUGCUUUGCCAACCGCACCCACCUCGUGACCCACCAGCGUGUCCACACGGGGGAGAAGCCCUACGCCUGCUUGGAGUGCGGGAAAAGGUUUAGCGCCAAUCGGAGUCUCAUUCACCACCAGAGGCAACAUAUAGGCUACCCUCUGGCCCAGUGCGUGGAGAACAUUUUGUUGACGAACCAAGCCUUGGGGUGUGAUGCCGGGGAAUCUGUGCAGGAAAACAAACUGUAUGAAUGGCUUGCAGCUGGGAAGUGGCUCGGCCUCCAAGGGUCUCUGGGUCAGAGUGAAGGUGUUCACACAGAAGGAGAAAACUUGGAGAUCCCUUGACCUAGGAUGGCCAAGCAUUUGUCGGAAGAAAGCACUGGCCUAUGGCAGUCAGUUCUCUUUGAUGACAGACUGAGGCGACAUCACAGUCCGAAUGUGGUCAGAGCAAAUGACACUAAAGCUGAAACAAGCUUUUUGCAACACAUUUUGAAAAUCGACCACAAAAUAUGGUUGCUUCAGACUUUUCAUUAGACAGUCUCUUUGAUUGUUUCAUUUUUUUUAUAAGGUCUCAAAUAUAAAAUCCCAAAAGCUAGCAGCUUUAAAAUAGUCAUAAACUAAAUACCAUUGCAUGUCAGCUAUUAAAUACUGGUAGGUAGUAAACACUGUUGCAUGACUAUUAUCAAACACUACAUACCAUUCCAUUCCAACUUACCAGAUUAUAGUAAACACUAUUGCAUGCCAGUGAUUAAAUAUGAAUGUUUUGAAUGCCAGUUACUUAAAUGUGCUUAAAUACUAAAUGCCAUUGCAUGCCAUCUGUCAAAUUUAGUGAAAUCAUAAAAAAACUUUGCAUGUUAGCUAACAAAUAUAGUCAAAUAUGAAUGCUAUUGCAUGCCCGCUUUCAAACACUAAUACUUCUGCAUGUCGUCUUUGAAAUGCUUUCAAGUAACAGCUUUCAGAUACGACCUGGCAUCAGAUAUUGACAUUGCAUAUUUAUUACUUGGCAUCAAAUGUCAGAGAGAGCUUAAUUUGCGAGGCAAAUGUGCCUCAGCUCCAAAUGGUACACUUUGCAAUCUCCCCCAAAAGGUUUGGAUACGGUAUACAGUGCAGUGUGCAAUUCUGGUCACAUCUCAAAAAGGAUGGAGAGAGCGAAGAGAAGAAAUUAUCGGAAGGUGAUAGCAGCUACCCUACAAGGGAAGCCCAUAGCUGCUGCACUUUUUUUUUUUUUUAGUUUGGGGGAAAUGAGAUUAAGGGGAAUCAUGGAUUGAGGGUUAUAAAAUCAUGCAUGGUACAGGAAAAAGUCUCCCACCCCAUAAUUCUAGAACCAGAUGUCACCCAAUGAAGCAGAAGGAUGGAAUGUUCAGGACAAACAAGGCCAGAUUCGUGGAGGAAAAGGCUAUCAGUGGCUGCUAGUCAUGAUGGCUGUAUAUUAACUUUGAGGACAGAGGCACAGUGCCUCUGAAUACCAGUUGGCUGGAAACCACAAGUAGGAUGAGUGCCAUUGCACACUCUUCCUGCUUUCAGGCUUCCCAGAGGCAUCUGAUUGGCUGCUGUGAGAACAGGAUGCUGGACUAAAUGGGCCGCUGGCUGGAUGCAGCAGCACCCUCCUUCUGUUCUUAAGUAUUUAUGCACACAAAAGCACAGCUAAAUGAUGGAAUUCGCUACCACAAGACAAAUAGGUGAAGGCCCUGCAUGGGUAUUGUAGCCUUUCCAGCCUACAGCAAGAGACGCCUAUUGCCUUAUUGACCUGCUUGUGGGUUUUUAGAAGCAGGAGACAUCUGGUUGGCCGCUGUCGGAUGCUGGAUGCUAGAAUGACCAUUGAUGUGGUCCAGCAGAGAGCAUCUUAACGUGGGGAGGUGUUUGGAUAGCAGGGGAUCAGCAGAAUGUAUUGAGAGUGUUCGGAGCACCAAAGCACCCCACCUCUUUGAUGGCAAUUUGAAACGAGGGGAAAGUACCUAUGUAUAACUGGACCAGCUCGGUUGGGUAGAGCGUGAGAUUGUUCAUCUCGGGGCCGUGGGUUCGAGCCCCACAGGGGACAAAAUAUUCCUGCAUUGGUGGGGGUUGGACUGGAUGACCCUUGGGGUUCCUUCCAACUCUGCGAUUCUGCAAAAUAAAAUGUGGACAGGUGAAGCUGCCUCAUACGAAGCCAGCUCAUUGGUCUACCUAACCCAGUGUUGUCUGCCCUGACUGGCAGCAGCAGCUCUCCAGAGGUCUUUCCUGUCAGUUGUCACCUGGUCCUGCUUUUGACAGGAGAUGCUGAGUGAGGAUUGAACCCGGCAGCUUCUUCCUGCAAAGCAGGUCUAGUUCUACCAAAGGCAGGGGGGAGGGGGAGGGCACUCCUCAUCUGAAAAAGCCAUGCAAUGAAAACAAGCCCUGUGCGAAUCGAUUGACUCGUCGUUAAUAAAGAACCCACGCAAGAGCUGGGGUUGUGUUGAUGGGAAACAAGUGGGAACGCAUGUUGUUUGCAGGGUUCAGCUAGAAGCAAUACAAUCGGAAGAUUAAUCAGUCGGCAGUGGCCCAUUUUCAGUCUGCCAGGGCAUAUUUUAGCUGCCUGCUUUCUCAUGGGUAAAUGUACGCCCGCAGGGAUCAUUUAGGAAGAUAGGAAGCUAGCUGCCUUAUAUCAAAGUCAGACCGUUGGUCCAUCUAGCUCAGUAAUGCCUACACUGACUGGCAGCCAAACCCCAGGGUUUCAGACACAGAAUAUCCCCCUGUCUUACCUGGGGGGGGGGCUUGAACGGGGGGGGGGCUUUAACAUGCAAGGUAGUUCCACCAUGGAGCAUAUAUUGUUUUGGGCUCCAUGGAGGGAAGGUGGAAUCUGGAGUGUGAUUGAAGAAAUUCCUUUGCUCUGGCAGAGGAGUAGCUGUACUAAAUUGGGUUGGGGGGGGCAGCCUGAUAAGGCACUUUGCAGUCAGGACCUUUGGUGGGCUGAUGGUCACUCAGCUGGGAAGGUUUUCCAUGGUUGCCUUUAUGUCAGGGUUGGGCGACUUGUUGACCUUGGGAUGUUGCUACACUACAAAACCCAUCACCCCCCACCAAUGACUGGGCUAGCGAGGGCUGAUGGGUGAGAGUCCAAUGAAGGGCCUCGAGUUUCCCACCCCAUCUUUAUGCUGAUUGAGAGACCUGGACCUCAAGGGUCAGUCACACUGCUAGGUAGCUUCUGCAUCCUAGAAAACACUUUGACUUUUGCUUCAACGUGUAACUGUAUACCAUUUGCUUUGUAUUAUUACAUUUAUCCAAUCCACCUGCUUUCCCUGCCUUUAAUAAAUAUAUUCCUUGGUUUGCUACAACUGGGCUCCAGGUGUGUUCUUUUUUUUUAAGUGCCUUUUUUCACGAUUCUAUACGAUUCUUCGACAUCAACUUUGUUGGACUGGUCAUGUUGUGCGGAUGCCUGAUGAUUGUAUUCCAAAGCAACUACUCUAUUCCGAACUUAAAAAUGGAAAACAUAUUGCUGGUGGUCAACAAAGAAGGUUCAGAGACUCUCUCAAGGCAAAUCUAAAAAAAUGUAUAAACACUGACAACUGGGAAACACUGGCCUGAGAGCGCUCCAAUUGGAGAACAGCCUUUACCAAAGGUGUCAUGAAUUUUGAAGACGCCCGAACUCGGGAUGAAAGGGAGAAGCGUGCUAAGAGGAAGACACGCUUGACAAACCCUCACCGUGGUCAACUGUUGCCCGGAAACCUAUGUCCCCACUGUGGAAGGACGUGUGGAUCCAGAAUUGGCCUCCACAGUCACUUAUGGACUCACUGUUAAAAGCAUGUUUAUGGAACACAAUCAUACUCUGGUACGAGUAAGAAGAAGUUGGGAAUCAUUACUUAUGUAUCAGAAGUUGGGAAUCAUUACUUGUUCUGCUUGCAGGCUAUUCUAUCAUUCCACAGUUCUGUGAUUCUACAAUUGUU